AUGGUCGCCAUUCGCUCGUUUUUGAUCCUCUCCGCUGCAGUUGGCAUUGCAUCUGCUGGAAAAUGCAAGCCUGAAAGCCAUACAAGCUCAAUCGUGUCGGUGCCCAGCAGCACUGUUUCCGCCAGCGACACCGCCUCGUCAACCGCUUCCGCCUCGGCCACCCUCAUCGGGUCUACUACUACUACUACUAUGGCUGAUACAACGGUGGAAACUAGCCUCGCCGAGUCUGCUACGGAGACUAGCACAAUCGAGUCAAAGCCCACAACCUUUCUUACUUCUUUCACCACGUCGAAUGCGGACACCACUAUCAAAGCUGCAACCACUACUUCCGCUGCCCCCGAUCCCGUUGUCACCUGUCCCUCAGAGGUAGACCAGUGCCUUGGUACCAUGGAAAUUCAAUGCGACGUGAUUCUCUCGGGCCUGACAAAUCCUACCACUGUCGCUGAUCUGAACGAGUGUGCCCAGCAAUGUAACUCCGACACCUCUUGCCUGGCAUUCACGUAUUCGGACGGCCUCCAAACAUGCUUCAAGGUUACUGCUUCUCAAACCUACGCUGUCGUGGACUUGAGUGGCUGGGUAUCUGGCAUCAAGGGAACGUGCAGUCAGAACACCGAGUCCAGUAGCACAGCUUUCAUAUCAACCGCCGAAACCACUACAACCGAAGCAGCAACGACGACAACCACCCUGGCACCUGCCGAUCCUACCUGCCCCUCAACAGUUGAGCAAUGCGCCAGUGACUCGGCAGUGUUGUGUGAUGUCCAGCUCAGUGAUUUGCAACUCGCUGGAUUCUCCAAUGAUAUUCUCGAGUGCGCCUCGUUCUGCGACCAAGAUGAUACUUGCGCCGGCUUCUCCCGUGUCCGCUCGAGCGGAGCUUGCUUCAAGGCUAUUACUCUCAUCGCAGGCGUCACCCAAUCGGACAAAGUUGGAUGGGACAGUGGUAUCAAGGGCACCUGUGGACAACAACUUCAACCCACAACUACAGCCUUCACAUCCACCGCCGAAACUACUACAACCGAAGCGGCCACAACUACAACCGCAGCAGCACCGGCAAACAACUGUCCCUCCGAGACCGGCCAGUGCAAGAACGGAGCUCUUAUCCUAUGCGAUGUCGUUCUGGGUGAUCUGAGCAUUGCCGGCAUCUCUAAUGAUAUCACCGAGUGCUCUCAGUUCUGUGCGGCUGAAGAUGAUUGCCGUGGCUUUUCCCGUAGACGAGACACUGGUGCGUGCUUGCUGGCUUUCGUUGAUCCCGACGACGUCACUCAGGCGGCCCAAGAGGGAUGGGAUAGUGGUAUCAUGAACACUUGCUUCAACUAG